GUUUGACUACGUGGACGGAUCCGACCCAUCGCCUCGUCGAGAAUUAUUCCGUGUGCGUGACUUUCUAUCUAAUUCUAUUAGAUAAAGAGCGCGAAAAAAAUAUUAGACAUGAAGUAGGACCCUUCGUCACGUUAACGAGCCAACAUUGUUUGGAGUGUUCGUUAGUUCUUUGAACUUUUUAUGGACUUUUUGAGUAGUUUCAAGGAAAGUACCGUUCAAAUUGGUGUUUUCUUCUCUAGUUGUCUUCGUUUACACUUCGAUACUCUGACCAAAACGAGUGAAAUUUUCGCUUUUAGUCGUUAAAGAAAGUUUUACUCCAACACGGAUUGGUAAAUUAGAAACUGUGGGUUGCAUAUUGCAGACGAUUUCCAGUGAAGCCCUUGAUGAUGAUUGCUCGAGUAUCUCUCUGAUGCCCUUAUUUGCCAACAUGACAUCGGACGACUCGCCAGCUGCUGACGGAAUUACCACUGCUGAUACAACAAAGUGCCAACAUGAAAAGUUGGAGUUGGAGGCUGGUGCCGAGAAAGAGGAAAAAGACGAAAAAGCAGCGACUCAAAUACCGGAUGGAAUGAGCGCACAAAGAGUCUACAAGAAAGUUUCUCCCAACCAAAAGUUGACCUUAUAUCUAAGUUCACGCGACCUCGUGGUCUCGCCGAACGGAAUCGAUCCCAUUCAAGGUAUCCUUUUGGUCGAUCCGGAGUUCGUGGAGGAAAGAAAGGUCUAUGGACAGGUGACCCUAACUUUCCGAUAUGGAAGAGAGGAUGAAGAAGUUAUGGGCUUAAAAUUUUGCAACGAGGCUAUUAUGUGCAUAGCUCAGCUUUACCCACCUACUCCAGUAGUGGAAGAAAUGGUUACCCCAUUACAAGAGGCUUUAAUGAAACGUCUAGGUGAACACGCUUAUCCCUUCACUAUGACAAUCACUCCCUUCGCUCCACCUAGUGUGCAAUUAGUACCUGCCAAAGAGUACCAUGGGGCACCGAUUGGAACCUGUUACGAUUUUCGUGCAUAUGUGGACCGAGUCGACGAAAAAUUGCUUAGACGCUCGACCAUCCGAAUGGGCAUCAGAGUGGUCCAAAGGGCAUUCGCUCCCCCCUCCCCCCAUAUGUACGUCCCAGGCGGAAGCGGAAAAACCGGCAGAGAAAGAGCGAAACACAACCGAAAGGCUCUUCUUUUUGGUUUAAAAACUACACCCAUGGAUGUUACUUGCCCGAAGAGUGAAAAAGAAUCGAAAAACCUCCACAUUCUUGGAAACUUCGAAAAUCAAGAAAACCAAGGAAAACGGCCCCAUUACGAUAAAACGAUCAUCAACGAGAAAUUCCUGGAUAAGGGGGCGUUAAGCGCCAGACCGAGCGGUUUAGAAAUGGAUAUUGAUAAAGAUCAGGAUGUCAGGCAAGGAAAUGGAGGGGAAAAUGCCAAAAUCUCGGGGAAAGAGAAUGCCGAUACGAAUGCCGGAGAUGUAGAAAUCAAAGAAAGAAAAGUUACAGACAUACUCCGCAACACCUGUGUCGCGAGACGACUUAGUUUAGCCCAAUAUGUGGCAAAUGUGCCCUGUCCAAAAGCGUGUACCGAGAAAUUAUAUUUAUUAAGCGAGGGGAAAAUAUGUUUAACGGCUACAUUGAAUAAAGCAAUCUACUCUCAUGGCGAGGAUGUUAAUGUUACGAUUCAUAUAGACAACAAGAGUAAUAAAACUGUUAAGAGAUUAAAGGUAUUCAUUGUACAGCAUGUAGACGUCUGUAUGUUUUCCAACGGAAAAUUUAAGAACGUCGUCGCAUUACACAAUGCUAAACACGAUUGUCCUAUACAUAGCAAUACUGUUUUUGAAAAGACUUAUUCAUUAGUGCCUAUCAAAGGGGCUACUAAAAACUGGAUCGCAUUAGAAGAAUCUUACAAUAGGACUGGUGCAAGUUUGGCAUCAACAGUAACUUCACCGCGUAACGCUCCUGAUGAUCGCAACGUCUUUGCUAUAUACGUCUCAUACUAUGUCAAAGUCAAACUCCUAGUCAAUAGAAUGGGCGGCGACCUUAGCUUAAAAUUGCCUUUUACGUUAAUGCAUACCUGCUGUGACUUAGAACAAACCCAAAUCGAGGUACUGGCUUCUGAGAAACCACCAGAAGCAAGCACACCGGAAAAGAUUCAUCCCGACUUGCAACCGCGUAGCAAUGACCAAGGUGAUGAAGAACCUGGAGGUAGUCGUGCUGCUGCAGCAGAUAUUAACUCUGUGCCGUAUUGUAAGGAAGAUGUCAAACCAGAGAAGGACGGAACGUGAGAUAUGGAGAAACAGGUUGUAGUAGAAAUUAACAAACUAUCACCUUUAACACCAUCACCAUCACAACAAUUGCACGACGACGUCAAAACAUCUAAACAAUCAAAGAAAGCAGGGACCAAAUCCGUUAAGGAAGAAAACCUAGACGAAAUAAUGACUGUUAAACAAGAAGAAGACACCACGGAAGUAUCUAAAGAAAUUGACAAAAUUGCGAAAGAAAGCCAAACUGAAAAAGAAGAGUCGGAAAUUCACAAAGGCUUUAGUUUUCAUAGGGCUUGGUGUUGUUUGAAUAGGCGCACUUCAUAACGAUUUAUACAUUAUAAUAAUAGUAAUAAAAUUAAGAAUAAUAGGUAAUUACUGUAUGUCAGUCAAUAAAUACAGCAAUUAAAUCCAAAAGGUGUAUUAAAACUAAAUAAUCAAAAAAUUUAUAUUAUUUACUUCACUUGAAAAGUGAGGCUGCAAUGUUUUCUUAAAUAAAUAAUCAAUAAGAAUGUACAGGUCUAUUUUUUUGAACACAGAUAUUUUUAACAAAUACUAUUAAUAUAGCUAUCUACAAUAAUGACCUACAUAUCGAUAUGUAAGGCCAAAUAUCAAUUAUUUAUAGAUAAUUUCUGACUGAAAUUGUACAUUUCUUAUAAAAACAAAAAAUACUUAUUUUUAUUUCAAUAACUUUUCUUUCAUAUUAUAAACAACUAGCUGAAAAUGCAAACAAGUAAAUAAUAAAAAAAAUAUUUAAAACAACAUACCACAUGCUCCCAAAAGAUAUUAGUGCAGUGACAUAAAAAGCACAGUAUUGUUUAAAUGCGAGUAAAAGUACUAAUGUAGUGGGCAGUCCGAUAGGUACUUAGGUCUCUACAUAGUCUCCUUUUAGCUCGAUAUACUGGACCCAGCGAUGCUCCAACUUCUUUAACCCGUCUGAAAAAUACCUUUUCUCGAGGUCUGAAAAUAGGCUUCCGUGGCGGCGAUGACCUCCUCAUUCGACUUAAAUUUCUGCCCAGUGUCUUUUUCAAUUCAAUGCCAAGGUUGGAAGAGGUAGUGAAGAAGAUGUCGUUGGCAAGUUUGGUUUAGGAACGAGAAACGACCGUGGAGAUAGAAUGAUUAGAUUUUGUGUAGAAAAACAAUUAGUAAUAUCCAACACUUUUUUUGACUUGCCUAAGCGACGACUUUA